AUGAGCGAUCCGCAGGACGACCCCGGAGUCAUCUCAAUCAGCAGCGAUAGCGACGACGGCGACGUCGCGCCAGCGGCCGGCCCCUCCAACGUGAACGGUCGCACCGUUGUUGCCGCACGCGACUCGGCCGAGCUGGACAGCCUACACGCGUUGGACGACGCGUCCCGCGCCCAACUGCACGUCGCGAUCGCCACUGCCCCAGAGGACCGUGUUCGCGAGGCGUUCGCCGCGCUCGUGGACAGCGUUCCUGCCAUCACCGAGCGCGUCUUUGGCAUGCUCGUCGCUGUUCCCCCUCUCCCGGUGGCCCCGCCGAACGCAGCACCGGCACCCGACCAGGGAGCUGGCGGGCGGACAAAGCCGAUGAUUCCGCGCUGGCGGAUAUGCGAGAACUGCGAAAAGGAGUAUGAUGCAGGGACCAUCCGCCGGGCGACGGAGUGUAUCUAUCACGACGGAGAGCUCGAAAUAAGCGAGGACGACUCGUGGGCUGACUGGGAUGAGAACGUACACGGGCCUAUGGACACCGAGGAGAACCGCAUACAAUUUCCAGACCAGUUUACGUGGUCGUGCUGUGAGCGCGACGGGACCCAGCCGGGGUGUGUUCAGGACGAGCACCAGCCGAAGGAGGUCCAACCUAGACAGAAAAGACUGCGAUGGCACUGA